AUGAAGCAAAGUUGGGUUCCCAAACUAGUUUACACUAAAGUGAAGCAAGAUGUAACCCUGGCCGAAGCAAACCAACAUAAAACUGAAUGGUUUGAUGGAGUUCACAGUUGUAAAGCUUCAGAUACUGUGUUAACUGUAAUUGAGAGAUUGGUAAAAACUGAUGUGGCGAGACUUGUUGUUGUGAAUGAAGAAGAAAAGGUUGUCGGAAUUGUCACAGUGUCAGAUGUGAUUUGUUAUCUGGUAAUGCGCUCAUAUCCCAGUAUACGAACAAGAAGGGGUAAAAUUGUCAAAUCUGUUAGUUGUGAGGAUCUCAGCAUGAAAUCUCUAACAGAUCACUCCUGUUCACCUCCUAGAUGGUUCCAUGUAUAGGGCAGGCUGUGCCGUGAAACUUCUGUGUAAAAGUAUGUUGAGACAGAGUUCACGAAUACAUCCUAUUAUGGACAAUAACAAGCCCUUUUGCUUCAUAGUUCACAGCAAGUAAUUCACAGUGCGCCAUAAAAAAGCGCCAAAAAUGCGCCUAAAGUUGCCAUUGUUAUCAAUAUGGCCACAAAAUGGUUGUAUUAUUUUAUGUGAUUAUAUGGAAUGAAGAAAUUAAUCAGAAAGCUAAUCAAUUUAACUUAAUCCUAAUUUUCGGAAUCAAAUCCAUCUUCAAUAUUUAAGAGAUGUAAAAAAGUAAUGUUAAAUAGAAUUUAAUGAUUGGAAAAGUAAAAAAAAGUAGUUUUCAAUGCAAAUUCCAAACAUUUAAAACAUUCCUAAAUUCCUUAUGUUCCUUGUCAUUUAGGAAUUUGAUUACUUCAGGUUUUUGUGGUUUUUCAGAUGGAAGCUUAAGAUAACUAAUAUUUUAAUCUAUUUGAUAGAGUUAUUAAUGUUAAAUGCUUGAAUUUUUUAAUAAUUGAAAACUAGCAAACAGAGUAAGAAAAAAAACGAGAUCAGGGUUGUUUUACAAAUCGCAAAUUGGAAUUUUUUAUUUCAAAUACAUUUUCACUCUAAAUAUAAUUUAUAAUUGGGAGAAUUUGUAAACAGUUACCACAUUUUUGAAAUUUUAUUUCUUAGGAUUUGGCAGAUUUGCAUUAACAAUUUUCGCGGAUUUUAGUUUAAUCUUUUUUAAAAAGUCUAGCUUUCACAUUUUUCAAUAUACAAAAAAGUGUACACAAAAUGUUUGCCGAUUUUUGUUUUUUAUUAAAAUUUUCAGGUUCCAAAAUUUUGUUGCAUUUCAUGAAAAAUCAUCAAUAUUUUUAUUCUAUAAAUUAUCGUGUAAAACAACGCUAAUCUCGUUUUUUUAUUUUAUCUUAUGCUGUCUGCUUUUAUUGUGAAUAAGUUAUUGAUUCAUUAAUUGAUUUGCUAAUAUUUAUAUCUUCUUGGCGAUUUUAACAGUUUGGGAAUUUAUCAGAUUCCAUUGUUCAAGUAUGUGCUUUGUCAAUUAUUUUCCAAGAGAGUAUUUUCUCUUGAAUUUAUUGAAGUAUAUAUUAAGGAAUAAAUAUUUGUGCCAACUGUUUUAAAAAGUAGUUGACAAGGUUUAACAACAAAUGUAGAGUGUUAGAACUGUUAGAGUUAUAACUGUCAUACCUGAUAUAUUUAUGUUUCCUAGGAAAACAAGAAAAUUGGGUUCAUAGUUACAAUUCUCGCAAACUGCCAAAUGCUUAAAAAAACAUUGUAAUGAUGUAAAUGUGCAUUUUACCUGGGCUGAGAUUCUUCCUCAAUUUUAUUUAUAAAAUUGGGCAUUUUUAUGUCAAAUCCAUGACACGGCCUGAUUUACCCAAAUGUUUACCAAACAGUUAAAAAUUGAAAUGUAUUAAAAUGUUUAAUGAUUGAAAAAUGUUAAAUUUUAUCUUAUUUAUAUAAUGUUUAUUUUUGAACUGUAUUAUCUUCUGUGUCAUAGAACUUUGCCAAUAAAUAAAUUGUAAAUAACUUA